CCAAGUCCAGUCCUGGGUCCUGCAAGUGAAUUCCGGCAUUGUACUAUUUCGCAGAGAACUAUCCCAAGGAGACAAUAAUUAAUUAUUGUUUGCCAAUCUCGGCAUGGCAUCUACCGUCGGCGUGUCCCCAAUGCAGAAAUGCGAAGACAAAACCCGUCAAGUCAUGGCUGUGGUCAGUGUAGCUCGACAGAAGCCCAAUCGGGGCCAGAUAAUUGCGACCAGGAACCCUCUUCUCGACCUGGAUCACGAUCAUGACGAGCUGGAAGAAAUCGUCAUUUGUGGCAAUCCAGCGGCAGUGCCCUGCCCAGCCAGCUCCAGACUCGACUCAAUGCACUCCAGUGGCGGGCUUCCGCCAGGAGUAAGACAGUGUUGGGUGGCGUGCGAGACGGAUUUCCCAGCAACGAAGUGGAGCAUGCAUGGCAAGCAACAUAUACCCAUGUUCUAUAACCAUUUAGCUCAUCACAAAAUACCGACACCCAGCCAGACACAUGCUGGAAAACCCAUCCGUCCAGUUACUACGCACAUGCGGAGACCAGGGAUUAGGUCACCACAAGAAGUCGUCGUGGACAAGUGGAGGACUUUCAAAGAUCGUUGUGCCUGCUUUGCAGCGCUGUUUAUCCUCGCCGUGGCACUGGCCGGCAUCAUCCUCCUGCUUCUCGGCAUCGCCGGUGUACACAAGUGGAUGACGGGCAUGGGGCUGGCAAUGGCGCUCGCCUCGCCGUUCAUAUUCAUCAUCGCCUACGGCGUCUGGCAUCAAUACAGCGUGAAGCGGCUCGGACGCCAGCUGACCAUGGUCCGCGCCGUGCCGAGGGCACCGGCGAACGGAGUCCUACGCGUGUAGGGCCUUUAUUA